UUUAUAUGUAUGAAUAAAAAGAAGGAAAGGAAAUUGAAACUUUUGAAGCUUUAGAUUGGUUGGAUUCCAUGGCAUUUGCACUUGCUUGAAUGAACAAAUCGGCUCGUUACGUUGAGGUUCUGAUUAUGACAGGGCUGCGUUCCGAUUCCUUACCCAGGUGCACCCGCUAUAUUGGAGUGAGAAAGAUACAAGAAUGAGAUAAAAAGAGAGAGAGAGCACCCUGGCGUGGAAUCGGAACGCAGCCCAGUAUCUUGAAAUGUUGUGAGGCAAUUUGUGCGUUUCGGUCGUUUCGGUUAAGAAGAAUUAAAUGUAACACAUUCUUAGCAAAUAUUUAUUUAUUACUCUUUUUUGGAGAGCAUAUUCUUUUUAUAACAGUUGUAUGAAGAAUAUUUAUAAAUGGACGAAGAACAAGUGGAGAACGUAAUGCCUGUGGUGGAUAUUAAUAUACCUAUGGUCACGGAGAAUUUAGGGAUGCUCACCAUAGAUAAUAAUUGCUCCACAUCCACAGAAUCUAAGAGAAUACUAAGGAAAAGGAAACCUAAACUUACUACCACAGAAGUUUCUAACAGAAGAUGUACCAGGGGACCAAAAAAGAGAAAAUUCACAGAGAUGGACAAUAUGGACGAGGGAAUUAAGGAAUAUUAUUUGGACAAAAGCAUAAAGAAAAGAUCAAAUAACCUUGAAACGAUAUAUGAGGAGAGCAACAACAUGACUGAUGAUUCUACCAUACACAUGAGCGCAAAGAGGUUUAAACGAAUGUUAAUGUUCCCGGAGAAGCCUACAAACAGCAAGCUGAAAAAGAGACGUGCAAAAAUACGGAGAAUCUUCGGGUCUGUCAAGACCCCCAGAAGAUGUAUCUCAAUGCAGAUGCUUGCCGAUAAAUUAAAUGCCAUCAGAGAAAGCUCGGUGAAAAUUGAUAAUGAGCUUGAAUAAUGCUGAUUGAACUGGUUUGUAAUCUGUUUUGCUCGUUGAUCAUACAUGUAUUGGACAAAACUCAGCAAUAUUUUCUAAUUAAGCAUUUAAGGAAAGUCUCUGUACCAUAUACUGCAUUUGUAGAUUAUUUUAAACCAGUUUAACAUGUUUGUUAUUAAUUAAGAAUAAAGACAAGAAGUUUUUAUCGAACUUGUGUGAUAUUAAAAGAAUCUUUUAAGAUGCUGUUCGUAAUGGUAAAAUAGAAAGAAAAAGACUUAUAAUCGGAAUAUUUAAAGAUAAAUUUAGUUUGUUUUGGAAUAAAAUGUCAUUUCAUAAAUAAUGUUCAUGCAUGCUCUGCUAUGUACAGUUUGUACAAAUUGAUACAAAUAUUUAAGACAUUAGAAUUACCAAAAUGUAUAAAUUGUAUUUGCUUUAAGGUGUGCAUUUAAAUACAUGUUUUCGU